AUGAAACCAAUUUUUGAUGAAACUCAUGAGAAAGAACUUUAAAAAUACAGAUAAAAAUUUGGAACUAUGUAAUUUCAUGACGGACUUCAGACAGAACGAAAGGAAUUUUUUAACAAUUACCUUGAUUAAGAACCAAAGACUUGUAACUAAAGUCCAACUUAGUCUAGAUUGGAAAAGAAUAAAUUUUCUCUAUCUCUAAAUCACUCGCACAGUCUUCUGCUAGAAAAAGCUAACAUGACAGGAGAAGACUUGUAAAUAGAUAAUCUGAAUAAGUUAUUACAACUAAUAACAACGUUAAUUAUGAAUUUUCUUUUCCUAAAUGGAUUUCAGAAAGAAAUGAUUUUCAAAAAUGGAAAUCUCAUAGGUAUUGAAUCAAUUAAAUGGUUAUUAAGUGAUUUCGAUAUAAAUUUAAAGAUUGUUUCAAUCUGCAGGAUGGAAACUUUCAAAAGAGAUGCUGCUUAAAAAUAAAUUGUAGCAUUGUAUUUGCAAAAAUUGAGUCUAUUCAAAUUAAUGCCAUUAAUCCUUUUGCAAGAAUUGGCAGGUAGAUUAACAUAUAAGGAGAUUAAAUCUGAAUAAGAUUUAACCUUGUGUAAAGUAGGGGAUAUUGGGAACUGCAUGUAUAUCAUUUUUUAAGGAACAGUGAAAGUGAUGAUAAAAGAUAUGUGUGUAAAAGAGUUCCAUGAUAAUGAGCAUCUAGGAAGAUAAGCAUUAGAAACAGACGCUCCUAGAAAUGCUACUUUAAUUUGUACUUAAAAUUCUCAUAUUUUAAUUUUGAGUCGAUGGGAUUAUUAAUAAUGUUUGAAUAACCUGUUUAAAAUAGAGAGACCUAAGUGGGUUAAUUUUAUCAAUUAAAUCCAUUUUUUUAAGAAUUUUCAACCUCAUAAAAUCCAAAGAUUAUGUGAAGAUCUAAAAGGCAAAUUCAUGUCAGCAAAGGAUUGCCUUUAUAAGGUUGGAGAUCCUAUCGAUAAUUUUUAUAUUGUUAAAAAUGGUAUACUGGUUAAAAAGGUUGUUGUCAAUUUAGAAAAGUCCAAUAGGUGGCCAGUAAAAACUAAGGUAUGGUUAUAAAACACUGUUGCAACAAGAUAGGAAAUUACUAUUAAAUAUGAAACCUAGUCAUUAUUAGGAUAUUAUGAGAUUGUUACUUAAGAAACAUUGGGAUUAAAAAGUAGAACUGAAGAAAUAAAUGCAUUCGAUGAUUGUUUUUUGUUAUAUAUUCCAAGAGCUAAAUUUCAAGAUAUUUUUGAUGUGGAUGAUUAAAAAAGAUUUCGAGAAUUAUUUUUAAAAUUGUAUCCUACAUCCUUUGAUCAAUUAAUGGAAAUGGUGAAAUAGUAGGAUGAAAAGAAAAAGUUAGAAUUUAAAACAAUUAAGGAUGCUCUGAUUGAGGGAUUGUAGAAUGUGGAUUAAUUACAGUUAUAAAAAAAAACUAAAAAAUAUAAAGGGAUCUUGCAAAAUGCCAGAAACAGAUUGAAAUAAUAUUAAUAAACUAAAGGUAUAAUCUAAACAGAGAUUAGAUAAAAAGUCAUGAAAUCUAUUUAUGAAUGA